AUGUCGGUGCAUCCAGUUCUUCUUACUACGCUUUGGUCCGCUAAUCCCUCUUCAGGUACAUCCACUGGUCGCAAAUGUGACGGUUACCAAAUAUCCCCAGCUCCAAGCACACCUCCAACAUGUCUUGUUCCUACAUAUACGAGUCAUGCAGAGGCAGAGUGUUUCCAGUUCUUCUUCGAAAAGACCCUUGUCAACUUCCAAACCUUCUUCCCCGACGAUCUGUGGAGUACCAAGAUCCUGCAAGUAGCACAUCAUCAGGAUUGCAUAAAGAAUGGACUGAUGGCUUUGUCUCACUUCCAUCGCCUAUAUCUCACACAUCAACAGUGGCAGAAGGUGGACUCGGUACCCGCCCUCAAGCAUUACAAUUUCGCUAUCAGGGAGCUACUGGCACCAUCACCUGACGUCCAAGGACAUGUUCUUGUUCUUUCUUGUCUGAUCUUCAUCUGUAUUGAGCUCCUCCAGGGCAAGACCCAAUCAGCGAUUGGCCUUUUCAAGUAUGGCUGCAGCAUGAUUCAACAGCAUAGGAAGGAUUCGCCACAAUGCAAGACAAAAGAUGGCCCCGGCUCCGACAUAGAAGAAACACUCAGCCUCGCUGAGGGCUGCUUCAAGCGAAUUGCAGUACAGUUUUUGACGCUAAUGGCGGAUAACGACCCAGCACUUUGGUUCUUAUUCUACAACACCUUUGGCAGUAAUAUCACUGUUGAAAAGAACACCUUCACAUGUCUCGCCGAUGCACGAGAAGCAUUGCUCGAUAUACUAGUCGAGCAGGCAAGCCCUGGGUUGAAAGGCAAAUCAGCUCGUGAUAUUAUGGCCCAUUCUGCCAAGGUUAAUCGAUGGGGCGAAUUGUUCGACGCCCUUCUUCUCCGACGGACCAACAGCGGGUCGCCGCCAAGUGAUGCUGACAGUAGAACGAUUGCCUUGCUCCAGGUACAUCGUAAGUACUCGGAAAUAAACGUCGCAAAAUACAUCUACGGACAAGGCGACCCAUGCUUUUGGGAUAGAUUCACCGCCGAGUUUAGCGAGAUCAUCGACUACGCUACCACAGCCGCCGGCCUAGAUUUGGACUGGACAAAACGAAACUGGAACACAGACUCUUCGCCCAAAGCCUACUUUCACAUAGAUCUUGGCUUCACCUCCGUGUUGAUAUCAGUUAUUGCCCGAUGCCGCGACCCAUUUGUUCGGAGAAGGGCUAUUGCAGUUAUGUUGACUGACAGGGUCCAAGAAGGUGCUUUUAACGGAUCACAAUCUGCGCGUGUAGCUGCCAGAGUAAUGGAGCUUGAGGAGACAAGGAGCGGGAAGGAAGUCAAGUGCAGCAGCGAUAUUCCUCACGAAGCAAGAGUAAGACAAAUACGAGUACAUCUAAAGGGAGGAGGAGAUAAAAAGAUGAGACUUGUGUACAAGUUCUCUCAGGGCUGUUUCGAAGAGGAGAGAAGUAUGACUGAGUAG